CGCUUCGAUCUUCCUGAACACAGACUUCAACUUCACAAGCAAGAAACCAACAACUCCACACUUCACAACCAACAAACCAACAACUACACCAUCAUGAUGCCUUCCAACGACAAGCCUCAGGGCUCGGGAAAGCCCAUGACUCAAGAGCGCGCCUCCGUCAUCCAGAGCAAUACUGACAAGAAGGGAGGCGGCGGUGACGGGUUCAAGGAGCGCGCCCAGUCCGCGGCCGCCAAGAACUCGGCGGCCGGCGGCAACAACGCCCCCAAGAAGUAGCUCUCUCGCUCUCUCUCUCGCUUUCUGUCUCCCCAAGCUACGCACUGCAGCAUCAGGGGUGAAACCAAGGGGGGUGUAUCUCGGAAGUUCUCUUCUUCUUCUUGACGGGAACUGGGGGGGCAGUGGAAUGGCAGGAGUGUCCUGACUGGUGCGGCAAAGGCUGCUCGCGACCAUCAUGAGAGUACAAAGCACCGUCGGACGAGCCUGAAUAGGUAGUCGGAGAUUAGAAAUCCAACCUAGUGACUAC